UCGAACACAUCUGCGAGUUCAUUAGUGUCACCCAAAGUGUGGACUCAGUUUGGCGGCGAAGAUGACAUCGGUAGUGACUGUAGUGUUGUUCCUAGGUUCGAUAGUGGCAAGUGCCCUGGCGGCUCCCCGGAUUGUGGGUGGCAAACAUUCCACUAUCGAACAGCAUCCGUACCAGAUUUCGCUUCGCCGAGGCUCGACGCACACCUGUGGAGGAUCGAUCAUUAGUGCGGAUGCAGUGCUGACAGCGGCCCAUUGCGUAUACUACACAAAUGUAGAACCUACCGAUUUUUCGAUUCGCGCCGGAUCCACUUUGCGCAAUGAGGGUGGCCAGUUGAUAACCGUCGCCCAGCUGUUCAUCCAUCCGGAAUAUGACGACUGGACACUGGAGUUGGACAUAGCUGUUCUGAAGCUGUCGGAGAAUUUUAUCUUCGGAGCGGGCAUUCAACCGGUCGCGUUGCCCAACAGCAAUCUGAAGAUUUCCCACGGAGCUGUUGCCUCGAUUGCCGGAUGGGGAUCACUAUAUUACCAGGGACCCAGCGUCUUGCGCCUCCAGGAAGUUACCGUUCCGAUUGUGGAGAAUGCCGUUUGCGGUCUUGCGUAUCAGAACUUCGGACCGAUCUGGCCGUUCCAUCUGUGUGCCGGUGCGCACGGCAUCGAUGCCUGCCAGGGAGAUUCCGGCGGUCCACUGGUGAUGGACGGGACCGUAAUCGGAGUGGUGUCCUGGGGCUAUGGCUGCGCCUUCAACGGUUACCCGACGGUUUAUACGCGCGUUUCCGAGUUUACCGAUUUCAUCCGACAGCAUAUGUGAGAGACACUUAGACCAUUAAGUAACAAAUAAAUAACUUGCGGCCCUUCUGUGAUAGGAA